UACAGGUCUUCCGGUAUCUUCCUCUUCCAAGUCAAGAAGACAAGACAUUGCUGUGUCAGCCUAGCCAAGCGUUAAUUAUGAUAUAAUUUUGUUGCUAUUCAUAUCUUUUUCAAGUGAAAUAAAAACUUAGCCGUCCAUCCUACUUUGUGGCAAUUGUUCAGUAACACAUUCCAACAUUUAAAUUUUACUUCUACUUUUACCUCUGCUGGUAUCACAAAUCUAUACAGUCAAUCUACUUACACACUAGAUGACAUCGAUGUAUGUAUCAAGGGUUUCCAAGAGAUCUCUUUCAAACCAAUCAACAGCACAGCUAUCAAAAGCUGUAGCUUUCUUUGCACAAUCUUAUGGUUUAUCUCCAACAACAUGUACAGCACAUGUCCAAUCAAGAAGAGCCUUCACAUCUGGUUCCAAAAUUCAGGUAAAGGGCAGAGAUCUAUUCCCAGAACCUGAACAUGGACAGAUAAAGAAAACAGAACCAGCUUGGCCUCAUCCACCGUACGUCCUUCCUUUAUAUCUUUGACAAUUUUCAAAUCCUAAUCAUAAAUUAGCUAUACCGCCGACCAAAUGCGCAGCAAAGUCUACUUCGCACACCGCAAACCUAGAGACUUCUCAGAUCGUGUCGCGUUGUGCAUGGUGCGUUUCCUUAGAUGGUGUACGGAUUUCGCUACGGGAUAUAAACAUUAUGUGGAAGAACCCAAGAAAGCAUCCGAUAGUAAUGCAGUUACGGCUACGAAACCAUAUCAAAUGAGUGAACGUAAAUGGUUGAUUCGUUAUGUGUUUUUGGAAUCGGUAGCUGGGGUUCCCGGUAUGGUGGCGGGUAUGUUGAGACAUUUGAGAAGUUUGAGGGGUUUGAAGAGGGAUAAUGGUUGGAUUGAAACUUUGCUUGAAGAAGGUAUGUUUAUCUUAUUGUUUAUGAAAACUUGUCAAAAGAAAUCAUUUGCUAAUAUGUUUAAACUCCAGCAUACAACGAACGCAUGCACCUCCUAACCUUCCUCAAAAUGUACGAACCAGGAAUCUUCAUGCGCACCAUGAUCCUCGGCGCCCAAGGCGUCUUCUUCAACUCCUUCUUCCUGUGCUAUCUACUCUCCCCCCGCACCUGCCACCGCUUCGUCGGCUACCUCGAAGAAGAAGCCGUUCUCACCUACACCCUCUCGAUCCAAGAUCUCGAAAACGGGCAUCUCCCCAAAUGGUCAGAUCCCAAUUUCAAAGCCCCCGAUCUCGCAAUUGAGUAUUGGGGUAUGCCAGAAGGUCAUACGAGUAUGCGCGAUUUAUUGUAUUAUAUUCGUGCAGAUGAGGCGAAGCAUAGAGAGGUUAAUCAUACGUUGGGGAAUUUGAGACAGGAUGUUGAUCCGAAUCCGUUUGUUAGUACGUAUGGGAAGGAGGGGGGAGAGAAGCCGGGGAAGGGGAUUGAGAGUUUGAAGCCUGUCGGGUGGGAGAGGGAUGAGGUUAUUUAGGGGGGUUUGGUAUUUGGUAUUUGGGGUUGCUUUUCUGCGGAUUGGUGUUUAAACUUAAAUGGAUGGGAAGGAAUAUGAUACCACUCUACUCUAUAGAUGGAGAGUUUGGAGUUUGAUUGGCGUUUUGAUUUUUGAUUUUGAGUUUUGUAGGAAGAGGAAAGAAGAACGGGAAAGAGGUGAGUUAAGAUGGAUGGAUGGAAUCGUUGUUUAUAUAGAUAGAUGGUGAUUGCGAAAUCGAUA